AUGCCAGCACAAAAUCCAACUAUUGCAAGGAACCAGUAUUCCUCAUGGAUGGGUUUAGUUUAUGUAUUUAACCUAAUUGUGGGCACAGGAGCCCUAACCCUGCCAGCGGUUUUUGCAAGAGCUGGCUGGGGUUUAGGGCUUGCUGCAAUCAUCGUUCUAGCCUUUAUAAGUUUUGUUACUGUAACAUUUGUUAUCGAGACUAUGUCAUGUGCAAAUGCACUCAUGCAUUGGAAAAGGCUGGGUCUUCUGAAAAGAGAAAAGUGUAUUACAGAUGAAGACUGUGCCGAUGAAAUAAGUGAAGAUUCAUUUGAAAUAGACAAUUUGGAAAGGCAUCCGUUAAUGUCCCGAAUGCCAAGAUUUUAUGAAAUUGACCACCAGGUAGAACUUGGUGAAAUGGCCUCAAUGUUUUUUAAUACUGCAGGAAGAUCAGUUUUUUAUUUGUGUUUGUGUAUAUAUUUAUAUGGGGAUUUAAGUAUAUACUGUGCUGCUGUUUCUGAAAGUCUUGUAGAUAUUACUUGUUACAUACCUGCAAAUAAUACAAAUAAUACCAUCCUGCCUUGCUUCCCUAGUGAAGAGAAUAGUAUAUCAAGAAUUACAGUUUAUAAUUUGUGCUUAUCAGCAUUCUUUUGUUUAAUGGGACCUUUUGCAUUUUUUAAUGUACAAAAAACAAAAUAUUUGCAAAUGAUCACCUCAUUUUUAAGGUGGCUAGCAUUCAGUAUUAUGAUUGGGAUAGCUUCUUGGAGAUUAGCAACUCAAGGACCUCAAUCUCAACCAUCUGUAGCACAAGUUUCAGGUGUGCCAGGUUUGUUUGGAGCAUGUGUAUAUUCUUUUAUGUGUCAUCAUUCUAUACCGAGUCUUGUGGCUCCUAUUAGAAAUAAGUCUUCUCUUAAAAAGCUUCUUAGUUGUGACUAUUUUUUAAUAUGUGUUUUUUAUAUCGUACUAGCUGUAACUGGAACAUUUGCAUUUGCAAAUCUUGAAGACUUAUAUACAUUAAAUUUCUUACCUAGUCCAGACUCUGUUAUGAUGACUCUGGCACAUUAUUUUUUAGCUUUAUUUCCUGUUUUUACAUUAUCUGCAAGUUUUCCAAUAAUUGCUAUAACCUUGAGAAAUAAUUUGCAAACUUUGUUUUUGGACAACUCUAGAAUCGAGUCUUAUAAUUUUUUUGUACGCAAAAUGUGUUUUCCUUUAUUGGCAAUUGUACCACCGUUUUUGGUAGCAAUAGGUGCUAGAAGCUUAUCAGGUUUAGUAGGUUUCACAGGAAGCUAUGCAGGAACUGGUGUUCAGUAUUUGGUACCCAUAGGUUUAGUUUAUUCUGCUAGAAGGCAGUGUAAUACUAUUCCGGCUCUUAGACAUGAAAAUCAAUUCAAAAGUCCAUUCAAAAGUAAUUUAUGGCUUAUUUUUAUACUUUUAUGGUCCAUUGCGUGUGUGGUACUUGUUUCAGUCAAUUUGUUUGCACCAUCUAAAGCAAAUUGAAAUGUUUUGUUUUGAGAAAUCAGAUGUCAAUUUUAUUUUAAUGUAUAACUGUGAUAAAAUAAUGGGAUAUAAUAUUUAGUCAAGAUCGUACAAUAAAACUCAACUAAGCAUAUUCAAAAAAUGAUCUCAUGGUGAAUUUGAACCAGUGACUAU